AGCAGGGAGGGGCCCGUCCCCAGCCUGGGGGUGGCGGUCUCAGGACGCUGCCAACCGCUUCCAGCGGACACCCCGGCUUGGAUCCUGCGGGCAGAAAGCGCCCGCUAGCGCCCCCCAGCCAUGGCGGAGGCUCACCAGGCCGUGGCGUUCCAGUUCACGGUCUCGCCCGAGGGGGUCGACCUGCGGCUCAGCCAUGCGGCCCUGAAGCAAGUCUACCUGGCCGGCCUGCGCUCCUGGAAGAAGAAAAUCACCCGGCUCCGGAACAGCCUGGUGACGGGCGUGUUCCCCGCCAGCCCGGCCAGCUGGCUGGUCAUGGCCGCAGCCAUCCUGGCCAGCCAGGCCUCCCGCCUCGACCCCUCCAUGGGGCUCAUCGGCAAGAUCAAGGAGCACCUGCCCGCCAGCGCGUACCUGUCGGAGCCGGCCCGGGCGGGGCUGGGGGCUCUGGCCUUCGCCACCCUGCUGUGGCUGGGGCUGGUGGUGACCAUGCGGGGCGCCCUGCGGGCCCUGCUCUGCUACCACGGCUGGAUGGGCGAGGAGCACGGCCGCCCCUCCCACGCCACCAAGUGCUGGCUGGCGCUGGUGAAGAUCUUUGCCGGCCGCAGGCCCAUGCUGUACAGCUACCAGGCAUCCCUGCCACGGCUCCCUGUGCCCCCCAUCAGGGACACGGUGCAGCGGUACCUGGAGUCAAUGCGCCCCCUGCUGUCGGACUCGCACUUCCAGCGCACGGCCGCCCUGGGCCGGGACUUCGAGCGCUCGCUGGGCCCCCGUCUGCAGUGGUACCUGAGCCUCAAGUCCUGGUGGGCCACCAACUACGUGAGCGACUGGUGGGAAGAAUACGUUUACCUGCGGGGCCGGGGCCCCCUGAUGGUUAACAGCAACUACUAUGCCAUGGAUUUCCUGUACGUCACCCCGACCCCCCUGCAGGCCGCCCGGGCAGGGAACGUGGUCCACGCCCUGCUGCUCUAUCGGCGUCUGCUGAACCGCGAGCAGAUCAAACCGCUGAUGAUCCAGGGCACCCUGCCCAUGUGCUCUGCGCAGUACGAACGCAUGUUCAACACCACCCGUGUCCCUGGAGUGGAGGCAGAUUCACUGCAGCACCGGCAGGACAGCCGGCACAUCGCUGUUUUCCAUGCCGGCCGCUUCUUUCGCGUGGGGCUGUACCAUGGGGGGCAGCUGCUGGGCCCCCGCGAGCUGCAGGCCCAGUUCCAGCGGAUCCUGGAUGACCCCGUGCCCCCCGCGCCCGGCGAGGAGACCCUGGCUGCCCUGACCGCCGGGCCCCGGGAGCCAUGGGCCCGGGCCCGCCGGACGUACUUCGGGUCGGGCCGGAACCAGGAGUCGCUCCGGGCGGUGGAACGAGCUGCCUUUUUCCUCACGCUGGACACCACGGAGCAGGGGCUGCUGGGCCCCGAGCCGGGCCGGGCGCUGGAUCGAUACGCCAAGGCCCUGCUGCACGGGCAGUGCCACGACAGGUGGUUUGACAAAUCCUUCACCCUGAUCGUCUUCCGCAACGGCAAGAUUGGCCUGAACGCGGAGCACUCCUGGGCCGACGCCCCCAUCAUGGGCCACCUCUGGGAGUACACGCUGGCCACAGACGUCUUCCAGCUGGGCUACGGCGUGGACGGUCACUGCAAGGGGGAGCUGGACCCCAGCAUCCCCCCACCCCAAAAACUGCAGUGGGAGAUCCCCGAGGAGUGCCGGCAGGUGAUCCAGGGCUCCCUGCGGGCGGCCCAGGCCCUGGCCGACGACGUCGAUUUCCACACGUUCGCCUUCAAGGACUUCGGCAAGGGGCUGAUGAAGAAAUGUCGCACCAGCCCCGACAGCUUCAUCCAGCUGGCCCUGCAGCUGGCGCACUUCCGGGACAAAGGGAAGUUCUGCCUGACCUAUGAGGCCGCCAUGACGCGGCUGUUCCGCGAGGGACGCACGGAGACCGUCCGCUCCUGCUCCAUCGAGUCCUGCAACUUCGUCCGCGCCAUGACGGACUCUGCCCAGAGCGCUGCCCAGCGCCUGGCCCUGUUCCGAGUGGCGGCCGCCAAGCACCAGACCCUGUACCGCCGGGCCAUGAUGGGCGCGGGCAUCGACCGCCACCUCUUCUGCCUCUAUGUGGUCUCCAAGUACCUGGGUGUGGACUCCCCCUUCCUCAGGGAGGUGCUGUCAGAGCCAUGGGGCCUGUCAACCAGCCAGACCCCCAUCCAGCAGCUCGAGCUCUUCGACCUCAAGAACCACCCCGACUACAUCUCCUGCGGGGGUGGCUUCGGGCCAGUGGACAAUAACGGCUACGGGGUGUCAUACAUCAUCAUCGGUGAAGACCUCAUCACGUUUCACAUCUCCUGCAAGUUCUCUAGCACCGAGACGGACGCUCACCGCUUCGGGGCCAACAUCCGGACGGCUCUGCUUGACCUCCGGGCUCUCUUCAACCUGCCCCUCAAGUAGCCUGAAGAUAUGCUGCGGGCGGGGGGGGCAGCUGGAUUUUCCCCCCACCCCAAUAAAGCUUAUGGGGCACAGAGA